UAUUAACUCCCCCCUGCUCCUUUAUCUCUCGCCUCCAUAAUUUUCUUCCAAAAUCCCCAGACAAAGAAAAAACACACAGCAUAUUUGCUUCGCCCAUCGAUCUGCUACCAUAGCUUCAACUUCAACUAUAAUAAAUUAACCCUAAAUUUCAUACACUUAACAUUCUCUUUUUGUCAAGAGUGUUAGAUGAAACCGAGUUCAUAGAAUUCUGAGCUAAUGUAGUGCUGAGAAUGGUCCAUGCUUGAGAUCUUAUUUGACUGAGGAAGAGCUUGUUGUUUGAACUGAAGGUAGAGACAGAAUGUAUGGUAGAUCAGGGCUUGAUCGAUUUAAGAAAGCUCAGUCCUUGGAGCCAUUUCAGGUGUCUGCGAACUCAGCUGCUAAACCAGCAUUGCAGCCUACUACAAAGGCAGUUACCCAUCCUUUUCCAGCAUAUGCACAGUCCACAACAUCUCAUCAACAAAGUCAAUACGUAAAUCCACAACCUGCUUUGCAGAAAUCCGUGGCGGCAGAUGCAACCGCUUCUGCAGUGCCAACUCAUCAUGUUACUCACGGAGGGGGGCAAUCAACUUGGCAGCCUCCUGAUUGGGCUAUUGAGCCACGUCCAGGCGUUUAUUAUCUUGAGGUGAUCAAAGAUGGUGAGGUACUUGAUCGAAUUAAUUUGGAUAAGCGACGGCAUAUCUUUGGACGGCAGUUUCAUACUUGUGAUUUUGUCCUUGAUCAUCAAUCAGUUUCACGCCAGCAUGCUGCUGUGAUUCCUCACAAAAAUGGAAGCAUUUACGUGAUAGAUUUAGGAUCUGCACACGGAACAUUUGUUGCAAAUGAGAGGCUAACAAAAGAUUCCCCUGUCGAACUUGAGGCCGGACAAUCUUUGAAGUUUGCUGCAUCAACAAGGACUUACAUCUUGAGAAAGAACAAUGAUGCUCUCUUCCCUCCUCCCCGACAACCUGCAGAAAUAGAUUUGCCGCCACCUCCAGAUCCUUCAGACGAGGAAGCUGUUUUGGCUUAUAACACCUUUUUAAACCGCUAUGGGCUUAUGAGGCCUGAUUCAUUGUCAAAAUCAACAGUAUCAACUAGUGGGGAGGAUGUCAACCACUCAUCUGAGAGGCGCGCGAAAAGAAUUAGGAGAACAAGUGUGUCAUUUAAAGAUCAGGUUGGAGGAGAGCUAGUUGAAGUUGUUGGUAUUUCGGAUGGAGCAGAUGUGGAGACAGAACCUGGUCCAUUGGGUGUGAAGGAAGGAAGUCUUGUCGGAAAAUAUGAGUCCCUCAUAGAAACUACAGUGAUACCGAAAGGGAAAGAACAGUCCUCCGUAAAGGAUGCUACCGUUACCCAAACAGGUGUAACAGACAAACUUAAACAGGUAUUGAACAAGGUGAAAAAUCCGCCAAAGGGUGGAAUUUACGACGAUCUUUAUGGAGAAUCAGCUCCUGCUAAAGUGGGGUCUUGGGCAUAUUCUGAUUCCAGUCAGACGGCUUCUACUAACGACGCUAAAGGAGACUCCCCUGGUUCGUUAGGCAGAAUCUCGGGAAAUAUCUCAAGCAAUGUAGACGACUAUACUGAUGAUUUGUUUGGAUAGCAAAUGCAUUGCUGCAUGAAGUGUCUAGUAGCUUGGAUAUGUUAUAGUCUUUAUGUUAUUCUUAUUCUUCCCAGGGAUUCAAUUUUGAACAGUCUUAACCUGUUAAGGCACUGAAUCUGUGACUUGAGAUCAAUGGAAAAAAUUGUAUGUUAUCUUUUCCCA